CGCCACACUUUAAUCAUGGUGUUCCCUUGUACCAGGCAGCAAGUACGAAGGGGUGAGAGCCCUUCCUCUUCAUCCUCUGAAGACAAGCAGCCUUCUACUCCAAGGCGGCAGCAAGUAUGGAGAGGUGAUGGACAACAGGUGCGCACACCGGAUUGGUCCAGCAGAGCUGAUUGCUGUCUCCUGAUUGGUCGCCUGGAGGACAGCAGCCAUUAUAGGCCUCAUCGGACAGGAACUCAGCCACCUCUCUUCGCUCUGCCAUUCCCAACGUGUGCCUGUGUAAACCUGUGUCUUGUGCUCCAAGUUGGUGAGGGAGUGAAGACUGAGAACAAUGAGCACAUCAACCUGAAGGUGGCUGGGCAGGAUGGCUCAGUGGUGCAAUUCAAGAUUAAAAGGCACACUCCUCUCAGCAAACUGAUGAAAGCUUAUUGUGAACGACAGGGGCUGUCAAUGAGGCAAAUACGAUUUCGAUUUGAUGGUCAGCCCAUCAAUGAAACGGACACACCCUCGCAGCUAGAAAUGGAGGAUGAAGAUACGAUUGACGUGUUCCAACAGCAAACCGGAGGUUCUUCUCUUUAAAGACUGUUUCCUACGGACAUCCCUACCUCCCUUUUUCAUCCCUGAACAUCUUUGUUGUCCCCAGUCUUCAAAUGUUCAUGACCAGUGUUGAUACCAUCCAGUGGAAUACUUUUACAAAAGGCUCAGGCGGCGGCACAGUUGAUGUAGAUAGAUUUAAUCACACAGUCAUUUGUAUCUCAACAUGUCCGAACUGCACAGUGUAAGCUGCAGUGAGUCUAAUGUGCUGAAGAAAUUUAAAUCUUGCUUUUUUUUUUCUGGAGGUUUUAGAGAACUUUUUGGUCUUGUUUUGUUUUUAUACGUAUGUCUUUGAGGUUUUGAUUCAGAUGGAAUUUUGUUGUUCAGUAAGCCGGCAUUUUAAAUUCACAUCUGUUAUGAAAAUGUGUUAUUGGAAUAAAUUGAGUCUUUUUUUUUUUUUUUUUUUUUUUUUUUAAACACGUCCCAGUUUGUUUUUAUGAGUACUAAGUUUAUUUUAACUAGUACACAUAUCAACAGCUACUGUAUCAUCAGCACUAGAGUUUUUUUUAUUUUUUUUAAAAUGGUAUCCGUUCUACAUUAUGCAUUUUUGAAUGAGAUUGAAAUAAACCGUAGCUCACGAUGAAAA